AGGUGGCAUACAACGAAAAUGCAGGCCGCAGCUCGAAUCACCCUCUCAGUGUUCCUGCUUGUAACUGUCGUGAGUGCAGCUCACAGCGGUACCAAGUUGCGUCGCGAUGGGGUCCUCAACCUGUACCCGUUUCCAAGGGUUGGCCGCUCCUCACAUCAGACAUGGCAGAUACCUAUAAAUGAUCUGUUAGAUCAAGAUCUUGACAAACGACAACUAUACGCGUUCCCUCGCGUCGGCCGUUCCUAUCCCGUGCAAAUAUCUCCGAGACUGGAAGACCUCAUUUUUGGAGCACGGAAUCGCUUCGUCAAACGUAAGAGUGAAGGCACCAGCGACAGCACCGGGAUGUGGUUUGGACCUCGGCUCGGACGAGGCUUUAGGAGUGAAGAUGAUGAUAUAACAGCCCAAGAGGAACGCAGUGAGCCUGAAGAAACCGAGCCCGAGCAACCCGGUCGAGAGAAACGGCAGAUUAAAGAAACGUAAUUGUUAUGAUUGGAUGUUUACUAGUUAUUUCUUAGUUUAGUUAGGAAAUUUGCUAUUGAUUGUUAACAGUGAAAAUAGCGCUUAUGUCUAGUCUGUUAUGGUUCCAAUUUCUCUUAACUAGGUGGCGUAAACAGAACUCAUCGAAUCAAAUUCGAAUUUUAAAAAGGGGCUCAAUUUUUUUUUUCUAAUUCUUUUUUUCUGUCUUUUAA